AUGAAUCAAACGCCAACUGAUUCACGAAAUGAUAUAAUAACAACUGAACAUCAACAGCAACAUAUUGCAGGUCAAAAAGAAAAGUAUAUUCAAAAACGCCUUGUUUUAUUAUUACAUGCAUAUAAAUGUCAACGACAUGAAAUAGCAUCUUCAAAUACAUGUACGGUACCAUAUUGCAGUACUAUGAAAAAUGUACUACAACAUAUGAUAAAAUGUGAUAAAUAUAGGAGCUGUACAUUUACUCAUUGUUUUACUUCACGUCAAAUUAUUUUACAUUGGAGAGAAUGUAAGAAUUCUCAAUGUUUAAUUUGUCAACCACUUCAAACACGCACAAAUUUAGUGCAAUUAAAUCAAACAACAAAUAAUACUAAUGAUAGUUUAAUAUCAAUACCAAUACCAAUAACAAUUGAUAAAGAUUGGCAAAGACAAUUAACACAAGAAACCCGUCGUGCUUAUAUACAAAAAACUAUAACAGCAAUUAAAUCGAUAAUAGAUGCAGAAGUUAUGCGUGAUACAAGCAUUAAUAGUUUAGAUGAUUAUAUUCGACAUAUUGAAGAUGAAGCAUUUAGAGUUGCUAAUAAUGAAGAAGAAUAUCUUCGUAAAUUAGCUGAAACAAUCUGUAAAAUUCGGAAGAAAUUAGAUGAUCGUCAAGAAAAAAGACAUUUACAAGAAAACGCUUCAACAUUGGAAAGAAUAGAAACAAUACAUGAGAAUUAUUCUCAUUUAUCUAAAGACUCAUCAUCGUCAACAACAGUGAUUGAAACUCAAAUUAAAUCAUCAACACAUGUUGACAAUGAACAUAAAAAAACUGAAAUCAAUGCAUCAAGUAAACAAUUACCGAAACAUCCGGUACAAUUUACCCCUGAAGAUUUACGUACACAUCUCGAACCUAUUAUUAAAAAACUGCUCGAUGAUAAAGAUUCACAUCCAUUUCAACAACCCGUUGAUCCAAUUGCACUUAAUAUUCCGGAUUAUCCAAUAAUAAUAAAGCAUCCAAUGGAUAUUUCAACAAUGUAUAAUAAAUUAUUACGUGGAGAAUAUAAAACUCCAUUAGAAUUUUGUGAUGAUGCAUGGCUUAUGUUUAAUAAUGCGUGGUUUUAUAAUAGAAAAGGAACAUCUAUCUAUAAAAUGUGUACAAAACUUUCAGAAAUAUUUGCUGAAGCUAUUGAUCCUGUUCUACAAAAAUUAGGCUAUUGUUGUGGUCGACAAUAUGUAUAUUUAUCACAAGUUAUGUUUUGUUAUGGAAAUCAAUUAUGUUGUCAAAUACUACAUGGUAGAAAUUUUCAUUAUUAUAACAAUUUGGAUCCUUCACGAUUAAAUUUAUCCUAUAAUACAUAUACAUUUUGUGAUCAAUGUUUUAAUUCAGCAAAAGGUAAUUCAAUAUUUGUCGGUGAUGAUCCAAAUCAAACAUUAAUUGAAAUACCAAAAUCAUUAUUUUCAUCAGCUAAAAAUGAUACUGAAGAACGAGAAACAAUGAUUGAUUGUAUUGUUUGUACACGUCGAUGGCAUCAAGUUUGUGCUUUACAUUUAGAUCAAAUAUGGCCUGAAGGCUUUAUAUGUCAUACUUGUAUUAGAGAAUAUAAUAUAAAACCUAAAGAAAAUCGUUAUAUUGCAUCAAAAUUAAAAAUAACAGAUUUAGCAUCAAGAUUAGAAAAACGUGUAAAUGAUUUCUUAUAUUAUGAAGGUUGUCAAACAGGCCAUGUGACAAUUCGAGUAUUAGCUGCAAAUGAUAAAAUAUGUGAAGUAAAACCACGUUUGAAAGAUCAUUAUCCAAAUCAUGCUUAUGUUGGUUAUCCAUAUCGAACAAAAGUUAUCUUUGCAUUUCAAGAAAUUGAUAGUGUUGAUGUUGCUUUUUUUGGUAUGUAUGUACAAGAAUAUAAUGGACGUUGUCAAGCACCAAACACAAAACGUGUUUAUAUAUCUUAUUUGGAUUCUGUCAAUUUUUUUCAACCUAAACAUUAUCGUACAAGUGUUUAUCAUGAAAUAUUAAUUGGAUAUUUGGAUUAUGUGAAACAACUUGGAUAUGUUUAUGCUCAUAUAUGGGCAUGUCCACCAAAUGAUGGUGAUGAUUAUAUAUUUUAUCGUCAUCCAUGUGAACAACGUAUCCCAAAACAAAAACAUUUGCAAAUUUGGUAUAAAAAUAUGUUUGAUAAAGCUAUUUUACAACGUGUUGUUGCUAAUUAUGAGGAUAUUAUGACAUACUGUUUGCAUAAUUCAGUACAAACUGUUUUUAAUAUUCCAUAUUUUGAAGGUGAUUUUUGGACAAAUGCUAUUGAAGAAAAUAUUAAAGAACUUGAUCAAGAAGAACAAAAUAGAAGGAAACAAGAAAUUGAAAUAGGACUAGAAGUGAAAGAUAAUGAUUUAGAUGAUACAACUGAACUAGAAGAUUCAACAAAGCAAUUCUUUGUUGUUCAUCUUCGUGAUCCAAAUCCAGCAGAUCCAGCUGAAAAUGAUACCGAUUCAUUAAUACCAUGUGAGCUAAUGGAAACACGAGAUGCAUUUUUAAAUUUUGCUCGUGAUAAACAUUAUGAAUUUUCAUCGUUGCGUCGUGCAAAAUUUUCAACAAGAGCUUUAUUAUAUGAAUUACAUAGAUUAACAACAGAUAAAUUUAUAUAUAAUUGUAAUAUAUGUCAACAACAAUGUGAUAUACAUUAUCAUUGUGCAAUGUGUGAAGAUUUUGAUCUAUGUGAAAAAUGUUAUAAUAUGGAGCCCAAGCAUGAACAUAAAAUGGAACGUUUUGUUUCAUCCUUAGUUGAAUAUUGUGAUCGUAACUCUUCAAAUCGAAAUGAUGAAUCUGUCGUAAAUUUACAAUUACAACGUCAACAAUUCAUACAGCGUUGUAUUGAAGCCUUGUUACAUGCUGUUAAUUGUCGAGAUGCUAACUGUCUUAAGCGUGAUUGCUUUCGUUAUAAGUGUUCUAUACAACAUUGCAAUGAAUGUCAAAGAAAAAAUGCUCAAUGCAAUAUAUGUAAACAAGUUAUAUAUCUUUGUUGGCAUCAUGCGAAAAGCUGUAUGGAUCAAACUUGUCAAAUACCAUUUUGUAUAAGUUUAAAAAGUAAAAUGCAAAAACAACGAAUGACUAGUUUGCAAACAGAUCGUCGUCGUAUGCAAGCUAUGAUGCAACAAAGAACGAGUAUAAUGCAAGAACAACUUCAAGUAUCAGUUCCUCCGGUGUAUGCUGAUAGAAUAUCAAAUCCUUUCCAUGCAUUGAGUUAUGAUACUUCUUCACCAAAUUCAAAAAUAAAUAACUCACCAGGUAAACCAUCAGUAGUACCCAUUCGUACGCCUCAAUAUUCUACUAAUUGGCAUAAUCUAUCUCAACAGCAAUCAUAUAUGAUGGCACAAACAACUUGGAACAGUAAACCGCAUGGUAAAUUAACUCAAUCACAAUCAACAAUUCAAUUAAAUGCAUUAAUAAAUCGAGCUAAGCAGGAUUCAUUAAUGGAUGAACAACAGCAACCAUAA